AUGAUGACUUCACAUAAAUCAUAACUAUCAACCAGCUAAACAAAAUAACAACAUUAGCCAUACAAAUAAUAACAAUUAUUAUAUUUCUUCAUAAGUUCCCUUGUCUUGACCAAAACAUAAUUUAUUCAAGUGCAAUGGCUUAUGGGUAUUCCACACAGAUGCAAUUUUGUAGGCUACUUAAUAAUUAAGAGUUACAGAGUUAGUAGCAGGGCCGUUUCAGACCACAGAGUGGUGGUGGUGUAGUGGACUAAAGCACUGACCUGAUAAGUGGAAGGUUGUUGGUUCAAUCCCCACAGCUACCACCAUUGUGUCCUUGAGCAAGGCACCUAACUCCAGGUUGUCCCUGUAAUCAGGGCACUGUAAGUCGCUUUGGAUAAAAGUGUCUACCAAAUGCAUAAAUGUAAAAUGCAUUCUGGCACCCUAAGUGAGAUCCCUAUUGGCACCCCUGUUCUGGGGGGGUGGGGUUGUUAGGGGAGCAUGGCAGUGGCCUCCUCUUUGGCCCCCGCCUAGGUGACCACCUAGUUUGCCUAUGCUUAGCAAUGGCCCUGGUUAGUAGUACUUGAAGUCAAAGUUUAUAGAAUGCAUAUAUUUGAGUUAUGAUUCCAAAAUGUGACAUUUCAAGUACUGUUCAAUAAGGACCACUGGAUUGAUUUUAUUAAUGACAACUUUAGGGUUUAGAGAGUAAUGGUAACUUAAUUAAAAUUAGUAAGAAUAGUAAAAAAUAAUUCUUAAGUUGAGACAACUAUUUUUAUUUGAGAUAACUAUUAGUAUUUAGGAAAGUGCUGUGGUGAUUUUUGUUGCUAUUUAGAGUUUUUGAAGAAAAUAAAUAAAAAGUGGAAUUGCUGCAGGACCCAGAUUGCAGUACCACAAUGGUUUAUCAUAUAAAAACUAAACAAAAAUGCAAUUAAAAUGAAACUGAGAAAUUGAAUACUUGUCUUCUUUUUGGUUUAUAAGUGUCUAUUGAAUUUCAGUGGUUUAACACUCCAUUGCCAAUAAUUCACUGCACAAAAAACAUUGUAGUUGACAAACCAUCCUCGCUGGUUUAUCCUCGCUGCAGGUAAACUGUAUUUAAUGUAGACUGGGUCAUAUUUCCUUUUACUUUGCACAGUUUUGUUCAUGGUUCUCAAGGAUCAGGAUAUGUCACGCAUCCUGCCCAUUUUUGCAUCUAUCUAAUUUGGCUAGCCUCUUCCUAAUUUAAUUUGUGCUAAAAAAAAAGAAAAAAAAAAAAAAAGGGAAGUGUUUUCUCCUCCCAUUUUAAAAGUUGAUAUGCCUAUUUAUUUUAAUUAUACAUGACUGUAGGGUUCAGUACAUUUUAUUUUAUUAUUUAGCAUUGUUUUAUCCUUGCCAUCUAUUACCCUAUCAGAACAGAUACAUUUUUGAGUCGCAACCCACCAGUCGAGAACUUGAGAAUGACUUUUAUUAUGUACAACAACAAAAUAUAAUGAAGCACAAGUUUUCCCUUUUAAACUCUGAUUUCUGAGAAGUACUGUAUAUCUGCACAUAGUAUCUUAACAGGAAUGAUUUGUUGACUUUUUGUAUUUCAGCUCAGGCUCUCCCUUAUCAUAAAGCUGUUUGGCAGUUCAGGGACAUGAUCCUCUGCACUGCUCCUGACAGCUGGCCUGUUCUGGACUAUGCUGACUAUGGUUGUUAUUGUGGCUUGGGUGGAUCUGGCAAACCUGUGGAUGAGUUGGACAGAUGCUGUCACGUUCAUGACAAGUGCUAUAGUGAUGCAAAGCAGCAUGAUAAAUGCUGGCCAAUCCUUGACAACCCAAAUACCAUGUCCUCCUCUUACAAAUGUGACAAGCCGAGGAAGAAAAUCACCUGCAGCAGUAACAACAGUGAAUGUGCAAUGUUCAUUUGUGAGUGUGACAGGAAAGCUGCCGAGUGUUUCGCCAAAGCUACCUAUAAUGAAGAGAAUGUACGCCUGCCCAGUGACCGCUGCAAAUGAACAUUUCUGAGUGUUUCAAGCUCGAGUUAUAGUUCAAAAGUCUGAGACCACUUGUGAAAUGCUUCCAUUUUUCUAAUUUAAUACACAUUUUUUCAUUGCAAAUUAUAUUAUCAAAUAAUAUUAUUACAAGUUUGUGCAAAACCUGAUGAUCAUGAUAAGAGAAUGUUCUAAAGAGCAUUUUGUGUGCUUAAAAGUAACCAGACCAAUCGUACAAUUUCAUUAUUUGAUUACUGACCUAGAAAUAGAGAUGCUGAAUACAGAAUUGUAAAUAUUUAUUUUGUCUUAACAUUACAAUAUUUUUAUUUUUUAAUGUUUCAAAAUCCUAGAUUUAAUUCCCACGUUUAAAUUCGAUUUAAACGAUAUUUAAUGUGGACUCAAACAUUUGAUCCCCACUUUACAGUAUACUGUAUACAUUUCAAAUAUUCAUAUGAAUAUAUUUAUAUAAAUCAGCUUAUUAAGCAGUGGGAAACUCUAAAUUAGUAUUUCAUCACAUGGGAAGCCAUCACAAAUCUGUAUCUAUACAUACAGACAUCUACCAUCUGCUUGAGGACCUCAAUCAAAUGUAUAACUGGUGAUAGAAUCAAGAGUUUAUCACAUAUAAAAUCAGUAUGCAAUAAACUCAUAUAGACACUAAUGAACUUGUUGCCAAGUUUAAUUUUUUCUGCAUGUCUUGCAUACUUUUACAAAGUUUUGUUUAUUUUAUUUUUCUGAACAUGUUAUGAUCAAUGAAACUUUCAAAUCAAACUUUGAAGGUCCAAAAAGCACAUAAAGGCAGCAUAAAAGUAAUCCACACGAAUCCAGUGGUUAAAUCCAUGUCUACAGAAGUGUAAUGAUAGGUGUGGGUGAGAAACGGAUCAAUAUUUAAGUCCUUUUUUACCAUAAAUUCACCUCUCUGCCCAGUAGGUGGCAGUAUGCAUGAAGAAUGCAAAUUCCCAAAAACAAAAGA